AUGGGAGAAUAUGAAAAGGAACUCUAUUUUCGAUUAAAAAAAGAGUUUGAGCCAGAUCUAUUAGAUGUUAUGGAUGUAUCAGGAGGAUGUGGGACAAUGUUUGUAAUUGAUAUUUCGUCGAGGAAAUUCCGAGGGAUAACAAUGAUCAAGCAACAUAGAAUGGUGAAUGAGUUUUUGAAAGAGGAUAUUGCCAAAUGGCAUGGCUUACAAUUAAAGACAAAGGCAAUUCAAGACUAA